AUGGGAGGCUUCUACAUGCAAUACCUCGAGAGUCUGUGCCGACGAAGAGGGUGGCGAGAUCCUUCAUACGAAUGCUACCGGGACUCUAGUGGCUACACAUGCCUGGUCUUGGUCAACGGGCGCGAGUACCAGACGGAUCUUGCCUACGAAUCGGACGGUCUGGCCCAGGAGAACGCGGCCAUGAGAGCGUUCAUGGUGUGCCGCAACUUUUCCGUCAAUGGGGGCAUGCUCGCCCGUAACGGGAUCGUACAGGGCCUUCCGGCCAAUGAUACCGGCAGGCGAAGCAAGAAGUCUCGCCACAGCUCGUCUGCUGGCCACAGAGAAAGCCACCACCACCAUCGAUCCGGACAUCACUCGAGCAGCAGCUCAACGGCUUCUUUCGAUUGA